AUGCAGCGGGGAGCGCAUGCUUAUGGUAUCUUCUCAUCGCGCCAGAACCCCACGAUCACGUCAAGAACUUCAGCAGCUUACGGGGACCAUGAGAGCGAGGCCUUGUACGGCGUCGGAGCUGCUGUCUCUCAGAGCGAAGGCAAGACCUUUCGAGUCAAUGCUCUCAAGAGCGGAGGCCCCGCGGAGAGCGCUGGGCUCCUGAGGAAUGAUCAGAUCGUGACGGUCGACGGCAAGCGACCACCAGACCUGAGCGCUCUGAGGAGCAUGCUACUGGGACAGAAGGGAACCCGAGUCGUCAUCGGUGUCAGGCGACCAGGAGUGCAGCAUGUCAUCUCUAUCGAGAUCACGAGGGGCGAUCGAAACACUACAUUGUCUCCUCUCGUUGGGAUCGGCAUGGGCUUCCGGCCCUUGUCCAGUGGCGGCUACUUGGUCACGAACAUCGUGCCAGGAAGCGCAGCUGACAGAGCAGGCAUCAAGCACAACGACGUGAUAUGCAUCUGCAACGGGGUGCUGCUGGUCAACAAGCCCACCAACUUCCUGUCAGAGACUCUGAGCUCCAACGCUGCGGAGAGUUUCACGUUGGGGAUCAAGAGAGGGGAGGGUCUCAAGACUCUGACCGUCACUGUCAUCAACUCGCCGCUCAUGGAAGCAAGCCCUGAGCUCGCUGCCGACUCGGGUGUAAGAACCAUCGAGCUGCGGGAGACGCAGGGAAGCUAUUCGGCCAACUUCUACACGGAUGCCGGGGGGUCAGUGUAUGACUCGGACAGGUCAGACAGCAAGCUGACGGCAGCGAGCUCCACCUCCUAUCGCAGCGGGUUCUACUCGGACAGCAGCAGAGACGCGUCGGACUACAGCAGUGACGACAGCAGAGGACAGUCGUCCCCUCGUUUGAUGUUCACCAAGACAUCCAUCCAGCAGGACGGGGGAAUGAUAUUCUCGAGCAGGAGCCAGACUCUUCCUCCUCGCACUCGCUCCAAGCGCUUCCAAACCGCCAGCUCGCUGGGUUCUGGACCCGAGCUGCCGACGGCGACGAGGAAAGAGAGAGAAGAAGCGUACAACAACAAUGAUGCUCCGAGUGACCCGAUCGCUCAUGUCGCUCCGUCCGAGGCAGCAGCAGCAGCAGCAGGAGAUGAGAGACGCCGGUACUCGCCUGAUGAGCUAACGCAUUUCCAAACCAAAGUGAUGAACAAGAUCCACGCGCUUGAGGUGCUGUACGAGGACUUGAAGAUAGCGCGAGAGAGGCUGAAAGACGACCUGCACACUGAGAGCGUCGAGAAGCUGCAGCGACUGAUCCAUACUUACGACGACCUUGUACGGAGUGAGCAUCACCGGCAGGAGGCUGAGAGAGCCCGAGAAGAAGGCGAAGUUCGUCGAGAACGAGAAAUGACUUAUGUCAAAGAUUUCAUCCACAAGAUGGCGGAUCAGAUUGAUCUUGUCUUGGACAACCAAACAAGAAUGGAACACAUGCUGACCGAACAUGACUCGAAGAUGGCAAGCUUCGAGGACAGUCUGGUGCGGCUGAAACAGGAGCAAGACGGGCUGAUAGAGGGGCUAGAGGAGAUGCAGCUUAAGAUCAAGUCAUCGGUCACUAUGGUGGAAGAGAACAUGUUGCAGCGAGAGCAGCAGAUUUAUCAAAAGCUCAACGAGUCGAGGAUAGAGAUCGUCUCCUCGUUUCAUGCCGACCCCUCCAAGGUGACAGAUUCGCCAUCAUCGCUCGACUCAGAGCUCAAAGCCAACGGCGGCACCCCCUACACCCCUCGCAAGUCAUCGCAAGGCAAGGAAACCUUGUACAGCCCGCGAGAGAAGAGAGGAAAGUCUGCAGACCAUGGGGAGACGAUAGUCUCGUACGCUGGGUUCUAUCCUGUCUUGUAUGCUCAGAAGUGUGUCUUCUCAGACGUGGCUCCUCCCAAUAUGAGAUGUACGAGAAUCUUUCUUGACGACAGGAUGGUCAUCUUUCAAAAGAACAAGGAUGGGGUGCAUGACCUCCAGUAUGCGAUAGUUGUACAUCUAGUCAGCCAGAAGAUCUGGGCAUACAAGAUCAUGGGGGGGAUAGCGCAGAGGAAUCGGACCUUAUUCCAGGUGGUGGGGGAGGACAUCUGCGUCUUCGUUCACGAUGACAGCGGAAAAAUUGACCUCAAGAAGCUCUUCGUGCUCAAGUUUGCGAACGACGAUAGGAUGUUCCUUCAAUCAGUCCACAUCGACCCGUCCAUCCCGUCUCGGACGCUAUGCCACAUCGAAGCCGUCGGUCGCAGUUGUGUCUUGUUUGCACAUGACGUCGAUCGCAAGUUUGAUCUCCGCAACAUCUUCGUGCUCGAUACCGAGAUGCUCACUCUGAGAAACUGUUCUGAGAUCAUGAACCUCAACCCCGAGCAAAAGGAGCUUGCCUUCCACGGCAUCUCGUGUACGGUCGUUGGGUUCAAACUUGUCCUGGUGCUUCAGACCGUCAGCUCUCUUGACCUCAGCCAGGUCUGGAUAGUCGACACCAACCUCGGAAUGAUCUCGACCCCGGUCACCUUGAGUGAGCCCUGCAGCAGCUCCAGCAGCGUGCGGGCGCUGGUCAAGGCGAUGAAGCACUCAGUUUACUUGUUCGUCGAGGAGGAGGAGCAGAAGAUCGACUUCGAGCAGACGAUGAUGAUCGACAUGGAGUCAGCAAGCAUCAAGAAGGUCGAGAUGGAAGGAAGCUUCCCGGAGCGAUGGAAAGGAAAGUUUCACAUCCUUGACGAGAAGCACCUGCUGACGAUCCGCGUCAAGGACGAUGGGGCCAUGGACUUCACGGAGAUGCUGCUGCUCGAUGCUAGCGACCCUCUCAAGCUCAAAGUUUCUCCUCUCACGCUGCCUCUGCCUGGCAUCCCCUGGGAGAACGUCAGGCUCUCAGUGUUUGAAGAGAAACUCCUUGCAACCUCCUCUUCGAGCAAAUUCAGAAGGCUGGUCGGUGUGAUCUCUCCCUUGCAAAACGUCGUCAAGAUGUUCUGCCUGGACGUGAGGAACCCGAACGUCUCCUUCGACGUUGCCAGUCAAGACAAGUACCUGGUCGUGCUCCCCCGGGACUCCAACGGGAAACUGAUUGUUGGAGAUGUUUCUAUCAUCGACAUGAAACAAGUCUUUGACACCAACUCGACUUCUUGA